AUGUUAGCUCUUCGUGGGAUCCGCCGGUGCUUCUCCACAGCAACACCGCGCAAGGAGUACCCGACGUCGUUCAUCUCGUACCUCCGCACGCAGAAGCUCAAUGUGUUUAACAUCGGCGUCGCGUUCCUGACCUUGUCGCUGUCGUCACAGAUGGUGUCGUACAAACAGCGCUACGAGACGGAGCUAGGGGAGAAGCAGCAGCUCAACGAGAGGGUGGAGGUCCUGGAGAAACUCGUGCUAAGGCUGGGCGGCGUGCUGCCUGACGAGGCGGAGAAGGUCUCAAAAGAGGCGCGAGACCAAGCUCUCCGUGGUCGCGAGAACGAGGCCAUGGCUCUUGCUGCGUUGACAAUAGACGACAAGACGAGCACGAAGAGCAAGCUAAUUUAG